AUGAAUCUAAAUUACAUUCCACCUGUGAUAGUGGAUGGGGAAAAAGUAGUAGAAAUUUUACCUGAGGAUGUAGCUCAGGAUAAUGAGAAAUGGGCUCAAUCAAUAGUAGUUUAUGUGGUGGGAACAACUCCAACUAUUGGAGCCAUGGAGAGAUUUAUAAUGGGACAAGGUACUUUCUCCACAAAACCUGUAAUUCUAUACCAUGUAGAUGGGUAUUUUGUUGUGAGGUUUGCUAAUGAGGAAGAAAGGGAUAAGGUGCUAUGUUCUGGACCUCACCACUUACUUAGAAGACCUGUUAUAAUGAAACAAUGGGUGCCGGAGUUCAACUUCAAAGAGGAAAUGCUCACCAUCAUUCCACUGUGGAUUAAUCUCUCAAAUCUGCCACUUAACUGUUGGAAUUCAAUUGUAUUGAGUAAGAUAGGUAGUAGUUUGGGGAAGCCUUUGUAUGCAGAUGAAUGUACAACUCAAGUCAGUAGAAUCUCGUUUGCCAGAAUAUUAGUGGAAAUAGAUGUUACUAGACCCCUGGCAAAGGUGAUUAAAAUACAGGAUACAAAAGGAAGAGUAGUAGAGCAGAAAGUCUGGUAUGAAUGGAAGCCAAUAUUUUUCCAGAAAUGUCUACAAGUGGGGCAUUCGUGUGUGGAAAAACUAGAGGCACCUAUACAGUUCCAAAAGAAAAAUCAGGGGCCAGUGCAGAGGAAUGAAUGGGUACCCACUACAAACAAGGAGCAAGGAUGUGAUACUAAACAUGUUGAAGCAAACCAGCAAGAGCAAUCAACUAAGGAUAAGGAUGAAGCAACACAGGGUCAAGGAGAGUGGCAUACUGUAAGACAUAGAACUUCUAUUAGAAGGAACUAUAGAAAUAUACAAGGAGAAAGAGCAGGACAGGGUCUUACAGCAGGGGUCAUGACUUAUGAGAAAGGACAAAUGAGUGGAGAAGGAAGUGGUGGAAUGAAGAUGACAUCUAUGCAACCAUCAAUUCAUGAUAGAUGGGAGUGGUGUCCUACUGCUAACACAAAUAUAAGAGGAAGGAUAUGGGUGAUAUGGAAUCCAAAAGAAGCUAGUUUCAAAAAGGUGGCAGAUGCUGAACAAUACAUACAUGGUUUGGUGGAAAUAAAUAAUACACAGUUUCAGCUUACUGUUGUGUAUGGCUUACAUACUAUCAAUACCAGGACUUCAUUAAGGGUAGCAAUUCAUCAGAUGAGUAGCCAAAUUAAUGAUCCAUUGUUGAUUAUUGGGGAUUUCAAUUCUAUACUAGCACAAGAUGAUAGAAUAGUUGGUAGUCAGGUACAGGAUGCAGAAAUAAGAGAUUUCAAGGAGUGUGUGACUAAUUCCAACCUUAUUGAACUGCAGAUAGGAGGGAGGAAUUAUACAUGGACCAAUGGACAUGUAUAUAGCAGAAUAGACAAAUCUACAGUUAAUGUUGAGUUGGUGAACAAGAUGGAUACACUACAGGUAAGUGCUAUGGAGCCUUAA